AUGUAGAGAGAGAGAAACCCUAGCUAGCAUUUCAUUUCCGGAUCCAAAAUAGAGCCGGUAUUUUCAUCGAUAAAGACUGAGUCUUUUCAAUCAAAGGAGAAGCCCUAACGUUCAAAGAAAGAUGACGCAGAAGAAGAGGAAUGAGGUAAAAUUAGCAAAUAGUAGUAGUUCUGCUCCAAUGAUACAAAAGGCGAAGAAGAAGAAAUCCGUUGCAAAUACAAAAAAAGCUAAUAUUUUCAAUCAAGUUAUUAUUAGCAAUGGAGAAGAUGCCACCCAAAAGUUCAAUCACAUCUCCAAAGGGAAGAACAUUGUGGAGCCGUCAAAUGAUAACACAGACCAGAUGGACGUUGAUCUGGCCACGGCAGCUCACUUCCAAGAGGAACUACUUAUGGACAUCCUCAGUAGGCUACCUGUGCGGUCUCUUCUUCAAUUCAAAUGCGUUUCAAAAUUUUGGAAUACAUUGAUCUCGGAGCCUUAUUUUAAGAUGAAGCAUCUCAAUCAUGCCAAGAAUGACCAAGAUUCCCAAAAAUUUCUUAUUGCCCAUAGGUGCCCUAAGGAUUACAUAUGGUCCAUGUAUUGUGUUCCUUUAUCAUCAGUUCAACCGGUUGAAGAUGUACAAAAAUUUGAUUGCCCUUCAAACCCUAAACCUUGCCGAUGCGCAAUCCAUUGUUGUUACGAUGGCUUGGCUGUUUUCGAGGUUCCUGAUAAUUUGGAUAAGAAGAGCUCCAUACUUUUGCUGUGGAACCCCUCCACAAGAGAAUCAUUACUACUUCCCCCUCUAGAAUUUCCACCAGAGGGAGAUUCUACUUUUGGAUUGGGUUAUGACUCAACCAGUGGUGAGUAUAAGAUCCUUCAUAUUCGGGAUGGCUUAGGUAGUUGCAAAUUACCUAGUGAAAUUCUCGCGCUGAAAGGUGGCUCCUGGAGAAGCAUCGAUGAACAUCCUCGUGGCAUUUGCACUGUGUUGUUAGGUAUGCGAUCUUUGCCAUUUGUACAUGAGGCAUUUCAUUGGAUCGCUAUUUUGAAGAAGUUGAAGUGUUUCGUGGUGGUUUCGUUUAGUAUUUCAAAUGAAGUGUACGGAGAGAUACCCUUGCCAAAGGAAAUGUUAAGCUUGAAGGGUAACACGUCUAUUGGUGUUUCAGUGUUAGAAGGAAUGCUUUGUAUUUAUUCUAAUUCUACUCGUCAGAGGAACGAAACUUUUAAGUUAUGGGUAUUGAAAGAAUAUGGUGUCGAGGAAUCUUGGACCAGAUUGUUAACUAUAGAAGAUCCUUGGAUUUGUAAUGUCGUACCGAAAUAUCGGUUUGCGGAUGGUGAAGUGCUAUUCCGGUGCCUUCUUCAUCAACAAUCUGGGAAUGGGUUUAGGACACCCAGUGGACCAUUUGUAUCAUGGCCUCGAUUGGAUGGCAUUCAGAAUGGAUACGCUUUUACAGAAAGCUUGAUCUCUCCAAAAUCGCUUACUUAUUAAUUUCUUAUGUAUGAUCGAUGCACUUUUUCUUUUUUCCCCAGUUAUCAUGUUACAACCUCGUAUUCUUAUUAGUUUAUCUAUUGUUCACCAGUUUUUAAGGUUUCAAGAUGUAUUUACUAAAGUAGUUGUUUUUUUUUUUUUUGUGAGAAAAACAGGAGUCUCCUGACCAUUUUACUUCUUCAAUGGGAGGAACAGACUGUAGGGGAGGUUUCUCAGCUUGUUUGAAUGUGGGAAAUUGAGAAGAGUGCAAUGCUAAUAAUAUCAUCAAGUCUCAAAUUUGUUCCUCCAAUGUUCCCUUGCAUAGUAAUUGAAAUUUGCAAAAAAGAUAAUUCGAAUGUAUUUUGUGGAUUAAGUUACUAUAUCUCUACUCUCAUUGUUUUUUAAUCAUAUGCCCUGUACCUCAUAACUUUAUUGGGAUAUCUUUAUCAGUAAAUGCCUCUUAAAUG